CAAGCUCCGCGUGGGACCCCUUCCUCCUCCUUCAUCCUCCCCCUCCCCCAACACGCGAGGAGCCAGGCGGCUCAACCUUCAGAGGACCAAGGCCUGGCCCAAGCAGGGAGCCUGGAGGCAGAAGGAAUGGCCCCUGGGAGCCAGAGACCCCCAGCCCAGCUCCAAAUCAUGUGACUUUUGAUGGCUCAGGAGUUGGUGACAUUCAAGGAUGUGGCUGUGGAUUUCACCAAGGAGGAGUGGUGCCUCUUGGACCAUUCUCAGAAAGAGCUGUCUAAGGAGGUCAUGCUGGAGAAUGUCCAGAACCUGCUCUUUGUAGGUUCAGAUCUCUUGGCACUGCAGAAAGAGUUGCCUCUAAUUUCUAGAUGACAAAAGCAAUGGAAUGUGUCCAUUCUUCUAUGAAAGAGGUGAACAAGGAUGGAGUUUUCUGAUUCCAAAUGGGCUGUGUGAUUUCUGCCCUCCUCCAAGCAUCCCAACAAUCACUACCAUGGAAACCAUCCUUGAAUAGCCCUGGGAACCACACGGUGGUCUUUGCAUGCAUGUCCCCCUGCACUAAAGAAGAAUAAAUUGCAUAUUUCUCUCUAUUCUCAUCCCUUCCUGAUUCUAUAUUCCCAGGGCUUCCAUUUUCUAGGGAAGAUUUGAUCUCUCUUUUGCAGCAAGGGGAAGCAGCAGGGAUGGUAGAGCAAAAAGGCCCAAGGAGCUCCUGUCCAGAAACUCUGGAAUGACUGAUCUGGAUUGUCAACCAGUUCAUUUGAAAAUCUGCUAGAUAAAAGGACAGCAACAUAAGCAAAAGAGAAGUUUGAAUGAGAAAGUCUGAUUUUUUUAGAAUGUGUUUGAUGGACCAUGAUGGAUUGCGAUGUGUAUGCUGAGUGAUUAUGAUUAUGUUAUUCAAAAACCCUACCAUCUUCACUGGAAGAAUGCAAACAUUUAUGACUUCUUGAUAUGGUCAUUACAUUGCUGAUGAGACAAGAUUAUAAGAGACCACGUGUGAAGUAAAUGAGAUGACUACAAAGCUGAGAAUUUCUCUGGAAGAAUCUGGCCAGCAAACAUUCAUGAGGGAUAGUGCCUGUGACUACGAUUUGAAAGAAAUCUGUGACUCAAAUAUGAAGGUAGAUAAAAGUCCAAAGAAUCAUUGUGAAUUUGGAAAAAGUGGAAAGAGAUUCAGAGAGUCUUCAGUCAUAAAUCACUGUAAGAAAAUGACCUCGUGGAAUGACUGUUUUCAGGAUAGUGAUUAUAGCAAAUGCUUUCCUGAAGAACUUUUUCAUUCCCAGGAGAAGGCUCCUAAAACGCAAAUGUUUCCAGGUAAUCCAUGGGAAAUGGCCAUUAGCUGGAGUUCAGACCUCGAUGGACAUCAGAAAAUUGAUGCAGGAGAAAUGCAGUAUGUUAGUCACAAAGGCAGAAUGGCCUUCAGUGGGAAACAUCAGCAAAUUCCCAUUAGAAAGGAGCCUAAUGAAUACAAUGAAUGUGAAGCAACCUCACCCCAUCACUUAUCUCUUCCUUACCAUCCUGGAUUUCGUACUGUACUGAAGCCAUGUGCAUAUAAUCAGUGUGAGACAACCUUUGGUUGGGACUCAGCUCUUAUUAGACACCAGAAGGUUGAUACUGGAGUGACAUUUUAUAAAUGGGAUGAAUGUGGGAAGGGUUUCUGCUAUAGAUCACUCCUUAUUGGUCAUCAGAGAAUUCACACUGGAGAGAAACCUUUUGAUUGUAACCAGUGUGGUAAAGCCUUCGGACAGGUGCUGCAUCUUUCUUUACAUCAGAGAAUCCACAGUGGAGAGAAACCUUAUCAGUGUGAUCAAUGUGGAAAGACUUUCCAAUUUAAUUCCCAUCUUGCUGUACAUCAGAGAAUUCACACUGGGGAGAAACCUUAUGGAUGUAAUGUAUGUGUAAAAGCUUUCAUGUAUGGCUCCAGUCUUGUUAAACAUCAAAGAAUCCACACAGGGGAGAAACCUUAUGUAUGUAAACAAUGUGGGAAAGCUUUCAGAUUCCGCUCCAGUCUUACUGAUCAUGAUAAAAUCCACACUGGAGAGAAACCUCAUGAAUGUAAUCAAUGUGGAAAGGCUUUCAGACAGAGCUCCAAUCUUGUUGCACAUCAGAGAAUCCACACUGGGGAGAAACUUUAUGAGUGUAAUCAAUGCAGAAAGGCUUUCACACAGAGCUCCAGUCUUGCUGCACAUCAGAGAAUCCAUACUGGAGAGAAACCUUUUGAAUGUAAACAGUGUGGAAAGGCUUUCACAAAGAGUUGCAGUCUUGCUGAUCAUGAGAAAAUACACAGUGGUGAGAAACCUUUUGAAUGUAAACAGUGUGGAAAGGCUUUCACAGUGAAGGGCAAUCUUGCUAGACAUCAGAGAAUCCACACUGGAGAGAAACCUUUUGAAUGUAAACAAUGUGGAAAGGCUUUCACACAGAGUUCCAGUCUUGCUGCACAUCAGAGAAUCCAUACUGGAGAGAAACCAUUUGAAUGUAAACAAUGUGGGAAGGCUUUCAUAAAGAGCUACAGUCUUGCUGAUCAUGAGAAAAUCCACAGUGGAACAAAACCUUAUGAAUGUAAUCAUUGUGGAAAGGCUUUCACAAUGAAGGGCAAUCUUGCUAGACAUAAAAAAAUCCACACUGGGUAGAAAUCUUUUGAAUGUAUUCAGUGUGGAAUGGCAUUCCAAAGGACCUCCAGUCUUGCUAAGCAUCAGAAA